UAAGACCGCCCAUGUCACUGCGGCGUGCGUCGUGCUACUAGCUACGUCCUGCGUUACCACCUGUAACAGUGUAACCGUGCUUGAUAUUAUGCGUGGGGCUUCGUUAUUGAAAUCAUUGACAAAGUCGAAGGAUAACACCCCACCCCCACCUUCAAAUCCUCCUCCAGGUCGCCAAAGGGUGAUGGCGACCUCCAUAGAGUACCCCAGCACGUUAGUCGAGCAUGUCAUCCAGCUGCCAAUAGAGCCGGAAAGAUCGCUUGACAAACCUCACACUAGCCCUCCGAAACAUCCGAGAAGAAACAUUACCGAUUCUGCAAGGAGCUCAUCUGUCAAUGGGACAUCAAGGCGGUGAAGGCCGCGACUAUCAAGAUACCCAGUUUAUUGAUACCCCUACUAUAUUCUUAAUUCUUCCUCGAUUACGAUAUCUGUGCCGGAUGGUGCCGGUGAGCUUGAAGCUGGACU